GGUGUAGAAGGUUUAGGCGGUGUAAAUAGAAAAUUUGCGAAUGCCUAAUGCAGUUCCGAAACAAGAGCCAUAGCGCCAAAAUCAUCGACUUGAAACCCCCAAAGCGUCGACUGUCUUCUUCAAGUUGUUCUUCUUCUCUCUGUACAAGUUUUUGUGAAGUUGUGACCAUCAAUCUGUGAAAGAAUUCAGCUAGUAUUUGUUGAGUUCACAAAAUGUCAAGCGAGACUGGUCUUGAAUCUCUUGUAGAUCAAACAAUUUCAGUCAUCACAAAUGAUGGGCGCAACAUAGUGGGAGUUCUAAAAGGUUUUGACCAAGCAACAAAUAUAAUUCUUGAUGAAUCUCAUGAACGUGUUUACUCCACCAAGGAAGGUGUCCAACAACUUGUGUUAGGCCUAUACAUCAUUAGGGGUGACAACAUAAGCAUUGUGGGGGAACUAGAUGAAGAGUUGGAUGCCAGCCUAGAUUUGUCCAAACUAAGAGCUCAUCCACUAAAGCCUGUUAUCCAUUGAUGAGCAGCAUGGUAUGAGCAUGCCUUUAUUGAGUGUUGUAAGGGUGACUAUGCUUGAACUGGAUUUUAAAGAGUAAAAUGAUUGGAAUAUCUUUUAAGAUACUAAGAAACUGUAAUAUGUGUUGCACUGGUUAGUGGUUACAAAUAUUGGAUGACUCUAUACCAUUAGAUUAAUGUCCUAUUUGUUUCUUA